CUGUGGAACAUUUCCCUUCGUCAUGUUUGCAUGUUUAUAAUGCGUCCGCUGGCCAUAAGACGCAGAUACCUACAUGGGUGCGGAAGAAAAUUAAACCACUCACUUACCCAAAAGGAAAAGUAAACCACUCCUUUGAUUGCAGUACCAUUGGUAUGGAGGAAUUAUAUAUAUGAGAUGGCAUUGGCAUGUGGAAUUGGCAGCAAUUACCUGGCCUCAAGUGAUCAAUAACUUCUAUUUUCAAAAGUUUUAGAGGGGAGAAAAAAAGAAAGAAAGAAACAAAGAGGAAGAAUGAAGGUCGAAGUGAUAGAGAGAGAUACCAUCAAACCAUCAUCUCCAACACCACACCACCUUCGUGAUCUCCAGCUAUCCUUUCUUGACCAGAUUGCCAUUCCAGUUUUUAUGCCUUUGAUCCUUUUCUACCCAAGGGAUAGCAAUACCAGCAAUGGCAACAGGUCCGACCGGCUUAAGAAAUCUCUGUCUGGAACCUUGACCAAAUUCUACCCUCUAGCCGGUCGGGUUAAAGACAGUUCCAAGAUUAACUGCAACGACGAGGGCGUCCACUAUGUGGUAGCCCACGCCAGGUGCCAAGUUUCUGAGGUUAUUCAGCAACCUGAUCCUGCCCAGCUCAACAGUUUACUCCCAUACGAGUUGGAUAAUGUAGGGGAGUUGGUUCUGGCAAUUCAAGUCAAUAUCUUUGACUGUGGUGGAAUGGCUAUCGGAAUCUGCAUUUCCCACAAAGUUGCUGACGCACUAUCACUGAUCAUGUUUCUUAAUAGUUGGGCCGCAACAGUACGUGGAGAUCAUAGUAAUACAAUCUGUCCAAACUUCGAUUUAGCCUCCCUCUUUCCGCCUAGAAAUAUGUCCGGGUUUAUGGCAAGAACUGGCAUCGUGAAAGAAAAUAUUGUGACGAAAAGAUUUGUGUUCAGUGCCUCCAUGAUCGAUGCCCUUAAAGAGAAAUUCGCCGACAAUGCGAGCAUGGAGCAAACAAGACGCCCCACACGAAUCGAAGCCCUUUCGGCAUUCAUAUGGAGCCGAUUUAUGGCGGUAACUCAAGAGAAUAUAGAGAAGGAGAGGCUGUACACAGUUCUUCAUGCAGUAAACUUGCGCACAAGGAUGGACCCUCCGCUGCCGGAGUAUUACUUCGGCAAUAUUAGCGGAUUUGCAAUAGCCACACCCUCCAUGGACACUAAGGAAGAAGAUCAGGGCUACGGCCUCGUGAAGCAAGUGAGAGAUGCCAUAAAGAAAGUAGACGGGGAUUACGUGCGAAAACUUCAGGAGGGCAAAGGUCACUUGAAUUUUAUGAAAGAACGUGCUGCAAAACUUACGAAAGGAGAAGUGGUUUCGUUUAGAUUUACUAGUCUGUGCAGGUUCCCUUUAUACGAAACCGAUUUUGGGUGGGGAAAGCCAUUAUGGGUUGGUUCUGCCAGCCUGACCUUUAAAAAUCUAGUUGUUUUCAUGGACACUGGAUGUGGUAAUGGAAUAGAGGCAUGGCUUAAUCUGGAGGAGAUGGACAUGGCUAAACUUCAAGACGACAAGGAGUUGCUUGCAUUUGUUUCGCCAAACCAUAUGCUACAAAUUUAGGGUUUCUAAGUACCUGGCAAGAUUA